GCCUCAUAAACGUAUACACUUAAUUUUAAUAUAGCUUCUUUAUUUUAUUAGACUGAGCAGAGCAUUCUGUUGUAACGUUUGUUAAAUAACGUUAACAGCUUUAGGCGUCGCUUUCUGAUCGCGAAGACGCUACGUUCAACCGGAAGUGAGGUGUCUAGUGAAAAAGGCAUUUCCUGUUUUGGGGUGUUGGUGACAGCAACAUCUGGAAAGAGGCAAACGGGGUGCUUCCCGUCCUGCCGCUAUCAUGAUGCGGACAGCAGUGAUGACGGGUGCCAGUCUGACCCUAACAGCUGCUGUGGUGGCCCAUGCCUAUUAUCUGAAGCAUCAGUUCUAUCCCACUGUGGUGUAUCUGACCAAAUCAAGUCCAAGCAUGGCUGUUCUCUACCUACAGGCGUUUGUCUUGGUUUUCUUGUUGGGAAAGUUCAUGGGCAAAGUUUUCUUUGGUCAGCUAAGAGCAGCUGAAAUGGAGCACCUCCUGGAACGGUCCUGGUAUGCUGUCACAGAAACAUGUCUGGCAUUUACAGUGUUUCGAGAUGACUUCAGCCCCCGUUUUGUGGCUCUUUUUACCCUUCUGUUGUUCCUCAAAUGUUUUCACUGGCUGGCAGAGGACCGUGUUGACUUUAUGGAACGCAGUCCGAAUAUUUCCUGGCUGUUCCAUUUCCGUAUCCUUGCUCUGAUGCUGCUCUUGGGUGUGCUGGAUGUCUUCUUUGUCUCUCAUGCAUAUCACAGCCUUGUCACCAGAGGGGCUUCUGUGCAGCUAGUCUUCGGGUUUGAGUAUGCAAUUCUCAUGACCAUGAUCCUCACGGUCUUUAUAAAAUAUGUCCUUCACUCUGUGGAUCUGCAAAGUGAGAACCCGUGGGAUAACAAAGCUGUGUACAUGCUGUACACUGAGCUAUUAACAGGGUUUAUAAAAGUCUUGCUGUACAUGGCUUUUAUGACAAUUAUGGUGAAAGUUCACACAUUCCCACUUUUUGCUAUUCGUCCUAUGUACUUGGCAAUGAGGCAGUUUAAGAAGGCGGUAACGGACGCUAUCAUGUCCAGAAGAGCGAUAAGAAAUAUGAACACGCUAUACCCAGAUGCCACGAUAGAAGAACUCCAGGCCAUGGACAAUGUGUGUAUCAUCUGUAGAGAGGAGAUGGUAACUGGAGCCAAGAGACUGCCAUGCAAUCAUAUAUUUCACACCAGCUGCCUGCGCUCCUGGUUCCAGAGACAACAGACUUGCCCCACAUGUCGCAUGGAUGUGCUCAGGGCUUCCCUCCCAACUCAACCCCAGACACCUGCUGACCAGCCUGAUCCAGCCCAGCAGAACCAAGCCCCACCUCAAACCACCCCUCUUAUCCCUCCACAACCCAACUUUCCUCCUGGGUUGCUUCCUCCUUUUCCACCUGGUAUGUUUCCUCUGUGGCCUCCUCUGGGUCCCUUCCCACCUAUUCCUGGUGCCGCUGGACCAAAUCCCUUGGAAGAGGCCAAUGCAGGAUCUUCCUCUGCUGCUUCAAGACCUGCUGACAGCAACGAUUCAGGUGGUACAGAGUCAUCAGCUGGACCAUCUCUGCCAGGAAUUCCUUUCCCACCUCCCUUUCUGGGAAUGCCAAUGUUCCCUCCAUUUGGUUUGCCACCAAUGCCCAUGCCACCUGCUGGUUUUGCAGGUCUUACAGAGGAGGAGCUGAGGGCUAUGGAGGGACACGAAAGACAGAACCUGGAAGCCAGAUUGCAGUGCUUACAAAACAUCCACACACUAUUGGAUGCCGCAAUGUUACAAAUAAACCAGUACUUAACUGUGUUGGCCACCAUUGGGGUCCCUCGCACUUCCAUUCCUACAACACAGUCUCCAUCAGCCUCCUCAGAUCCUGCUCCUGUUUCCCCUGAAAGACUCUCCCCAGAUACUACUUCAAGAGAGUAUCCUGAACCUACCAUCCAACCAGUUUCUUCAGAGCCUGAGAGUCCCGAGACAUUCAGUGUGGAUGAGGAGAAUUCAACAGAAGAACCAGACACCGCAGAGUUACGAAGACGCAGGCUUCAGAAACUGGAAACUGGCCUGACUGAAUCUCACUAAAGCUAAAAUUCAUCCUGUUUCUUGGAUUACAGCUUUUUUUUCCUGAACUGGAUAAGGAAAUUGUGUGUCUGGAAAAGAAAAUGAGGCUUUAGUUGAACUUCACUAAGGGCCCGGAAAAUGCUGAGCUGGACUUACAUAAAUAUAUAUUUUUAAGCACAUGGGAAGGGCCAUAUGUGGGCAAAUGCUCAUUAUUUGAGAAAGGACUACUGGCCUCAUUAAAUUUGUUGGACUUUCAGAAAAAUUAAAGAUUGGGUUUUCUCUUGUCUUAUUUAUGGGUUAUUCUAUAGUGAUUUUUUUUUUAUUUUAUUUUAUUAUUGAUUAAUUUAAUAGGUCUUUAGGGGUCAAAUUCUAUUCAAGUAAAGUUUUAUCGGAUGGAAAGGAAGUGUUACCCAUAGACUAAAAUGCUUAAUGAAACAGUCAACACAAUUUUUUAAUACUGAAAAAUUAAAACAGAUUUUAUUGAUUUGGCA